GUGUCAACAAAAAAGUAGCACGCACUAUCGGCAUCUCCGUGGAUUACCGCAGACGAAGCAUGUCAAUUGAGUCCCUUCAGCAGAACGUACAGCGACUGAAGGAGUACAAGACCAAGCUGAUUAUCUUCCCACGCAAGGAGGGCAAGCCUGGCAAGGGAGAUGUUUCA